UUGGGAUGGGUGAAAACGUUUUAUUUUUAUCGAUGGGUGAAAAUUGUUAACUAAAAUGGAGCUAAAAACUCACAUGGUUGUUUUUCUGGUGUCCAUUCUUUGGGCAGAUCACAAAGUCGAAUGUGAAACUUCUUCGUCGAUACCUGACGGUCUACAGCCCUGUUAUAGAAGAAACUAUACAGCAGGCUCGAGUCCACCUUUUACUAUCCCCGUAUUAAUAGAACUACUUAGAAAAAUCGAGUUGGAUGAAAGAUACACUAUCAACACCAGAAUAUUCGCCAAUUCAGUGUUGCAUCGGAUCGUAUUCGACGGUAUUCAACGCAACCCGAAUCUCAAUGUAGACGAUAAUUUCGCCGUUCCUUACAGAGCGACCCUGAACAAAUUUUUCAAGUACAAAGUUGUAAUCGAUUACCUAACUAACGGAAGAGUCUCCGAGUUCCCUUUAGAAGUCCUUCCAUUAGAUGAAUUAUGUUUCCUCCAUAAGUUUACUUCCAAUACAAUCGAUCGUUUUGAAAGGGGGGAUGAGAGCGACACUUGUAACGAUAAUUCCUUUAUGUCCAUGGCAUCAGAUGGUUCUUCCAAAGUUCGCUUGAGCAAUUGCCCGUUAAAACUUGGGAAUAUUAAAACUAAAUGGGGCACCGUGUCAGCUUCCCAUUUGAUAUCGGGAAUUGCGUCCGGUCUUCAGCAAAACGAAGUAACUUUUCAACGUGUUUACGCUGCCAUCAGCGAACACAAAGGUUUGCAAACCGCUUACAAUGCAUAUAUGGUAAUGGACAACGAGGCAGCCGGCAACAACGUGGAUAAUGUCCUUUUUACAACAAUGGCAGGCGAUUUAGGCGAGGUUGUUCUGAAUCAAGCCGCGAAGAACUUUCUUAUUGACGCGGAAGGGUUUUGGAACGAUACAUUGUUGCCUAGAGCGUUUUAUUUAAAAUCUACGAAUGAAGAUCUUACUCGGGCCGAAAUUUUAGGUGGAAUCGAUGGUGCAAUUUUGGGAAAAAGGGUGCAAUAUUUGCUAAACAUCCUCGACAGUACAAGACUUUCGCAAGUGCUAGACAUGUACUAUUCAGAUCGCGGCAUUCCAUAUCAGUUCGGCUACAAAGUUACCACCAGAUCCGCAAGUUUGAAUUAUAUAUUAGACAACUUUAACUUGACACAACAAAUAUUUGGCGCCACCCAGUUACUGCACGCCAUUAGAGGUACUUACGAGAUGUCUCUUACGGAAGACUAUAUCAGAAAAUUGUCCCCGCUUUACGCUGAACAAUUUCGAAAUAUCAGUAGUAUUGUGGCAAAUUCCUAUGACGCCACCGAGUAUCUAUCGGGAAAGUCUCUUAUCGCCGAUUUGGAAGUUUUGUUAAUAUUAGAUGGCACGUUCGAUGCGUAUCGGACUCAACAAAUGAUAUACCACCUGUCAGAGGCCGUACACGUUUCAAGUUACGGCAGUCGCAUAGGCAUUAUUAACGGCCAAUCAGGGACAUGGAUGGUGAACGUCACGGGAGAAAUAUUCCAGAUUUUUAAUCGCUUCAACCGUCUUGAAGCCGAAGGUCAAUGGCCAGUCACACUGACGUUGUCUAGAAGUCUCGAGACGAUAAUGUCAUAUUACCAAAACCGAACUUUUAUAGAUUGUUCCUCGGGACCAAUAAAACCCAUGGGACAAGCGAUAUUAGUAUUUACAUCCGAUGGUCGUUUGACCGAUUCGGAUAUCACCAGAUCGGAGCAGGCAGUGACUUCUAUAAAAUCAGCCUACCCGCAUACUAGUAUCGUUUAUGUUAGCCAAGACAGUGGCGGAGUGUUAAAGCAAUUCAUUAAAGACGAGGAAGAUUUUUUAAUCGUACCUUCUGUCGAUGUCCUUUCCACGGUUACUUUAAUAACAGAAAAGUUAAGUACCGUGCCGGCCAGCAUCGUAAAAUUUUAUUGUAACCAUUCAGAUGUUCGAUUUGAAGAUUACCUUACACCUGGUUUGGAACGGGUAUAUGAAGUUCAUCGCGAGUAUAUCAGAAGUGGCUACAUCACCUCAAAGUUCGUUAAUAACGACUACGGCGAAAUAGACAUCUGCAACAUCACCAGUCGGACAUCUCCUAAUAACAGAGCGUGCAAAACCGUACCGGUUAACGAUGAGAUCAGUUUUAAAUCCGGUGAUUUGUGUACGCCAGAAUCGCCAUGCGAUGUUCAAUAUUCAGUUACCGCGAAAAAUAGCCAAAUAAAAUGUGCAGAAAAUGACUGCAGGUAUCCAGAUCAGGUGCGGGUUAUAAUAACGUACACUUUCUCGGCGAGCGUGAAGACUAGUUUCCCACUAAACCAGUUUGGAAUAUUGUUAAUAAUUUAUAUGUGGCUGUAUUAAUGCGAACAAAUAAUUUUAUACUUAACGUCUCA